AUUAAAUAAUGAAAUGAAUGUGUGUCGAUUGUAAAACAACAAAUCCAUGGCUUGUAAAAUUUCUUUUCGGCACAAAAAGCCAUAACUAGGUCACAUUUAAAAUAAAAUAUACAUAAGGAGGCAACAUUUUGCAAGUUACCAACUAGUUAUCCAAUUUACAUAAGCCACAAAUUCUUUUUUGUUUUGAUUUAGGUUUUUGGGUGCUUCCCUUCUCAAGUUCAGGGUCGAUGCGGACGAUCCCAUGUUUUCUAUCAUUUCAGUGUUACCUGACUUACCUGUAUUACUCAGCUUAACAUUUCCCUUAAUUCUACCAAUUCACUGAAAAUUUAAAGUCACGUAAUAACUUCAAGUCCAUAUUUUACAUAUCUCCCCGAAUUGUGCUGUUUUUCAUAAAUUUUACGCGAAAAUUUUCCAUUUCGACUUCGUUUUUGACAUUUGAAGUUUCUAGGUUAUAGACAUUUAUGACGGCCAACAACAAAUUGGUUGAGUAAAUGCAGUUACAAAAACCACUCGAUGGAUGUUAAAGAGCAAACUCAUGUCAGUUAUGGACUUGCACACCAAACAGAGGCAAUUCUCAGGUCAACUGUACAAAUACACUAAUGUAAUGAAGGGCUGGCAGUACCGCUACUUUACGGUGGACGCCAACGCGGGGCUUUUGCACUACUACCUGUGCGAGGGCGAAAAGCCCGACGGGAGCGUCCCCCGGGGCUCGGUGCACCUGGCAGGGGCUGUGAUUUGUCCCAGUGACGAAGACUCCAAAACCUUCACAGUGAACUGUGCCUCAGGGAAUAUGCUCAAGCUGAGGGCUGCCGACGCCAGGGCGCGGCAGGAAUGGGUCAACGGCCUCAGAGCUGUGGCCGAAUCACACACCAAGGUACCAAAAAUUGGGCAGUUUUUUUCUUAUCUGAUUUUUUGGUCACACUUUCAGGCAAUUAGUGCCAACAGCCCCCCUUUACCCCCUAGGGAGCACCUUGCGGUGUUGGACGCCAUGGGUUGUGUGCGAGCACAGUUAGCACAGACCGAGCAAGCGGAUUUAGCCUUGUGUCGGACGAUUGAGUCAGCUGGGAGCAAGUUUUUUGUUGAUCCUAAUUUACUUAUGUUGAAAGCUACUUCAGCCGCUUCGUUGCAUUGUUUGAACCAGUGUAUGAACAUUUUGCAAAGAAAUCAACACGCGCAGCAAGCGAGGACUGGGAAGUGUGGGCUAACGAAACGUUGCAAAUUUUAUAAAAAAGUGUGACCUGAAGUGGCUGCAAAAAUGAGGAAAAAUCACAAAUAGCCAAGAAACAAAUCGUUUUGUCACACGAAUACAUCAAGAACAGAGCUUCAGAACUGAAAAAUUGUUUAUGACUGAUUGUUAAAUUAUAAAACUGUUCCUUAUAAUUAUUUACGUAA